AUGAGAGUGCUUCCGAUAAUAUUUGUGGUAGCAUUUGGUACCAGUUGCCUAUGGCUAGAUACGGCAUUUGCUUGCAGAAUCAAAAGCUGCGGCGAUUGCAGACGAUGUGGAUCUACACAACCGGGAUGUCUGUCAUGUUUACGAGGACUUGCUUCAUCAGGUAAAAGAUCAUCUCCGGAUUUUCUUUGGCCUUCGUAUGGAUCCCUCUCGAGACCCCACCCUCAAAAUGAUUUCUUGACAAGACAUGGAGAUAUGGAUUAUGGAAAGGACGUGGAAUCACAGGAUGCAGGCUUAGAGAUGAUUGCUUCAGCGCUACGAAAAAUUCAAACUCAAGACAUCGAGUAAGCAGUGACGACGUGGAGGGAAUUCUAAAUACUGGAACAAAUUGUAACUGGCCUUACUAAGAUGUGACUUCAUUACAAAUUAACGUCUAGUCACUGUUUCAUGUAAAUUUCUGAAGACAAUUUAGAACUUUCCAAGAAAUAGGAUUCAGUACAUAUUUCAAUGCAAAGGACUUUUGUAAGUUGAGCCUAAAGGACAAAAAAGGGGAAUUCUGUUUUUGUGAGUGGAGUACGAUGGAUGCACCUUAGUGUAUGUAAUGAAUAUUUGACCUUUUAACAGCAUAAAGAAUGAGCUUUUUUUCAGAGAAUUUUGAGCACGGGGUGGGGGAGGGGGAGGGGACAUGAUGUCCGCAUCGCACCCCUCUGUAUGUCAGGCGAAACAAAACAAAAAAUUCUGCACACGCCUCCAUAAUUAUAUGUUAUGUUUAUUUGGUUUAUGUAUUUGUGCGUUCCUUAACUAUUUUUGCAACUAUAAGUUAAUAUAGGGGGCUGCAAUCUACAAGCCCAGCUUUUCAGCAGUCCCCUCCAUGACCAA